AUGCUACCAUUGUUCUCAUACUGGAAGUGUUUCACAGGAUCCUGAUAUUUGCUGAGAUCAACAUAGCCAGCACCUCCAGAGUUAAGAAUUGUUCAGAAGUACAGAAGCCAAACUUGAAUUAUUUAGAUUUGGAAGUCUUUUUUCUCAAAGUAAAUAGUUGCAGGUCAAGUUAACUAAAAAUUGUUAAUUCAGGAUAGUUCACAGUAGUUCUGUGCACAGUUUUACAGAAAUACUGAAGCACAAGCACUACAUGGCACUUGGAAUGUAGUACAACCUAACCCCUCCCCAUAACUAAUCCUGGUAUUUUCUAACUUUGUCCUCCACACAUAAUGAAAGUCACUGAAGUCACAUGCUUCAGAGUCAAGCUUUUGCAAGAUCAUGGCCUUCACUGUGCACUGAACACGCUCUUCCUGCCCAGUGUGUUUUCAGUGAGGAGGUUCUCUGUAAAGCCAUUAUUAACUUGGUUAAAACCACUCCCUCCUUUCUACUUUGGUGACAUCUUAUUCUGUUCAUUAUUUUUAAGCUCUAUCUUGAGUCGAAGUCCAAAAAAAAUUACUGGGGAAGUAAGUAAAUUCUAUAAAGCAAAGGUGUUAUUGAAGGUUGUCAAGAUACAACCUUAUGUUCAGAACUGAUAACAUGUAGAGAACAAAGCGCUAAAUUUAGAGUUAUCAAGUCUUUCAGAGGUAAAUUCACUGCUAUGGUAAAAUAAAUUGUUGUAAUUGUAGCUGUUAGAUAACACCACUAAUCCUCAGAUCUCAUUUCACUGGAUGAUGGAACCAUGAAAUGAUUUGUGGCACACCGCAUUGGCAGAUGACACCUGAAUGUUGACUGAAACCCACUGCUCGCGACAGUCACUGAUGGGUCAGUCAUGCAUUUAAAUGCUUAUUUUAUUCCAGUAGCACAUCUAUUGUUCAAACUGUUGCCAACUCUAAUGACUUUAUAAUGUCUCAAAUAGUUAUUAAAUAAUACUGAAUAGUAUAGCAAAUAGUAUUCCUUAUAUUAGGAAAAAAAAAAGAGCAGAGGGCCACUAGAAACCACGUGUUAAAUAAAGCAACAUAGUUCUAUUGAAAAAUCCGAUAAUUGGUUGUUUUAUAUAUUCGAUGACUGUAAACCAGCAUCGGGAUUUUAGGAAAACCUUCGGUGUUCUCUAGCAGUGUGAGUUCGGCCCUUAGCAGCAGCGCUCACGUGGCACACAGCACAUAGCGCUGGCUGCUUGCUGGCCGCACCGUGACCCGUGCGAGUCCGCGUCUCGCUUUGCUCCAGGACCAGCAAAUGUGUGUCCACGUGUCCCGAGGAGCGCAGUGCCGAAGCCGGGGCCGCAGUGCGGGGCGUCGCGCCGGAUGCUGCUGGCUCGCUGCGGGUGUCCUCGUGCUGCCAGGAACGCGGGCAGGGCCGGGCGAGGCAUUGCAGCACUCCGAGCGCGGGUGUGGAAAUAACCGUGAGGCGCUCGCUGAUCGCCGACUGUUGCUCAACCGGAGCUUGGUUAAAAGCUUUGGAGCCACGGCCUCCACCAACGUGGUUCCGGCCUGGAUUUUAUUUCUGCGUCCUCUGCGGGAUUCCUCUCGUGCACCAUUUCAGUUUCUUGCUAUAAUACAGUCGGCAGCACCCGAACUUCAUACUGCACUCUGAAACAGCUGAAGAGCGCGGCCCUGCCCCAGUCGCUGCCGCUGGCUUCCCGCUCUGCGCCCCCUGCUCCCCGCCUGGCGCCCCCUGCCCGAAGCCCCGGCAGGCCGCGCCCCCGCGUUUUCCACACAGCCGCGGCCUCCGCCCGCCGCGCCCCGGAGGUGCGCCGGGCAGCGCCGCCGUGACGUCACGGCGCGGUUGCCAUAGCGACGCCUGGGGUCGCACCUGACGGCUGUCGCGAAGCAGCGGGAGGAGAACGAGGGAAGGAGGAAGGGGGGAGUCCGGGCCCGGGCCGCCCCCGGGCCUGCGGGGAGUUGGCGCUGCGCCUCCCCCCCCCGCCCCGCCGCGCUCCGCCCCGCCGCAGCCGGAGGCAGCAGGAGGAGGAGGCGGCGCCGCCGCCGGCUAUGUAGGGCCCCGGUGCGGGCGGAUCCGGAGGCCGCUGCCCGCCUCUGGAGCGCGGCGCCGGGGCCGGGCCCGGCGGGAUGUUCUCCAAGAAGCCGCACGGGGAUGUGCGGAAAUCCACGCAGAAGGUGCUGGACACCCGCAAGGACCCGCUCACCCGCCUCAAGCAUCUGCGCGUCCUCAUCGAGAAUGCAGAAUCGAUUGAUCUCAAACAGUUUUUUGACCUACAUUUCUCACAUAUAUAUUAUGUGUUCUUUGAAAACUUUGUGACUAUUGAAGUAGGUCUGAAACAAAAGGGUCACAAGUCUCAGAGAGAAGAAUUAGAUUCUAUUCUUUUUAUUUUUGAGAAAAUAUUGCAACUCCUUCCAGAAAGGAUUCAUCAGAGAUGGCAAUUUCAUAGUAUUGGGUUGAUUUUAAAGAAGCUUCUUCAUACUGGAAAUUCAUUAAAGAUACGUCGAGAGGGUGUGCGUCUCUUUCUGCUGUGGCUGCAAGCACUUCAGAAUAACUGUAGUAAAGAACAACUAUGGAUGUUUUCUUGCUUAAUUCCUGGAUUUUCAUCACCACAAUCUGAAUAUGGUCCCCGAACACUAGAUAAUCUCAUUAACCCUCCUCUUAAUGUUCAAGAAACUCAAGUGACUAUAGAGGAAAUCACUCCACUUGUUCCGCCUCAAUCUGGAGAUAAAGGACAAGAAGACUUAACAAGCUAUUUCUUGGAAGCGCUUCUGAAAUACAUAGUAAUUCAGGUUAAGAGUUUAGAAUGGAAGAACAAAGAAAACCAGGAAAAGGGAUUUUCAUUUUUAUUCUCAAAUUUUAAGAAAUAUUACUUACCUUCUAUCUUCCCAAACAUCUGUAAGGAGACCAGCUUAUAUAACCCUAUACUUGAUAUACCACAGAUGAGACCAAAGCCACACUAUGUAAUGGUUAAGAAAGAUGCUGAAACCAAUGAGGCAAUAUAUUGCACAAAGGAACCUUUUAUUAAGGCUCGUGUUAUUGUCAUUCGGUGGUUGGUGUCUUUCUGGCUUGAGCCAAAACCCCAUACAGGGCCUCAUAUUCCUGGGAUUGAAGGUGAAAAUGUGCCAAAGAAUAUUCAGAGAGCAGCUGCUAGCAUGGCUUCAAGAGAAGACAGCAAAAAUGACAAGCAGGAUACUGACAAGCAGGAUAGAAAUGCAGAGCCAGAACAAUCGCAUUCUAAUACAAGUACUCUAACAGAGAGAGAACCAAGUUCUUCUAGCCUCUGCAGUAUUGAUGAAGAACAUUUAACUGAUAUUGAAAUUGUCCGCAAAGUCUUUUCUUCUAAAAGAAGUAAUGUCAAUUUUCUAACUGAGAUUUUUCGACAGGCAUUUCUGUUGCCAAUAUGUGAAGCAGCUGCCAUGAGGAAAGUGGUAAAGGUGUAUCAGGAAUGGAUUCAGCAAGAAGAUAAGCCUUUAUUUAUGAAAGAAUCUGAAGAAGUAAUGCAGUGUGCAACUGUAGAUUGUGAUGAAAAUGUUGUAGACCGCAAUUCAUCAGAGAAAGCAAAAGAAAGAGAAGAGGAAAAAGCUAUGAACUCCAGUCAUGUUAGGAACUCAAACUGGGCAAGAAAUGGCUGUUACCAAGAGACUUUGCAUAAAGUAUCUGAGAUUGAUAAUGAAGAGCAAAAUGUACGAGCUGGAAUGCAGUCAGUAUUACAGGUUUUUAUAAUAAAUUCUUCAAACAUAUUCUUUCUUGAGCCUGCAAAUGAAAUAAAAACUCUGUUGGAUGAACACACUGAUAUGUGUAAACGGAUUCUUAAUAUCUACCGUCACAUGGUAGUUCAAGUUACUAUGGACAAGAAGACCUGGGAACAAAUGCUACUUGUGCUGCUCAGAGUUACUGAAUCUGUGCUGAAAAUACCACCCCAGACUUUCUUGCAGUAUCAAGGAAGAAAAAAUUCCACUUUAGCAGGAAGACUUGCGGGACCUCUUUUCCAGACUCUUAUAGUAGCUUGGAUCAAAGCAAAUCUAAAUGUGUACAUCUCUCGAGAACUUUGGGAUGACUUACUGUCUGUCAUGUCAUCACUGACAUACUGGGAAGAGCUGGCCACUGAGUGGUCACUGACAAUGGAGACCCUAACUAAAGUGUUAGCCAGAAACCUGUACAGUCUGGACCUCAGUGACCUGCCAUUGGAUAAGUUAAGUGAGCAGAAGCAGAAAAAACACAAAGGCAAAGGAGUUGGUCAUGAAUUCCCCAAGUCUUCAGUGGAUAAGUCCUUUUCUAGAGGCUGGAGCCGUGAUCAGCCUGGACAGGCGCCAAUGAGACAACGGAGUGCUACAACCACUGGAUCUCCAGGAACUGAAAAGGCAAGAAGCAUAGUACGGCAGAAAACUGUUGACAUUGAUGAUGCUCAAAUUCUUCCACGUCCACCUCGAGUCAGACAUUUUUCACAGAGUGAGGAUGCUCCAAGUGAAGUUUUUGGUGCAUUAAGUGAGGAACAACCACUGCCACGAAGCAGCAGCACCUCUGACAUCCUGGAACCAUUCACAGUUGAACGAGCCAAAGGUGCAGUUCCUGUCAUUGACAGUUCAUCCCAUCAUGCUCCAAGUUUACAAAGUUCCACUGAGACCUCUUCAAUGCAUAGAUCCACUGAAAGCCAUAUUACUGAUUCAAAUAGCAGAGAGUCCUCCUUGGAAGUUGGGGAUAGUAUUUAUGACCAUCUUUGUCAUUUAAUAGGGCCAGUAGAAUUUGCAAACACAACCUUUGAACAAAACCAGUAUGUUGACCUUGAAGGUGAAGAUGAUCUUCUUUCCUCUCUGAGAGAAUAUCUUAAAGAAAAAGAAGAACUUUGCGGUAACUUUGAGAUAGAUGAAUGUGAGGCUUCUGCUCACGAAGGUGAUACAUCAGUAAAUAGGAAUGAUAGAUUACCACUGGAUGGAUUAGAAAAUAGUGAUCAGACUGGUCAAUGCACGAAUAGCAUCACUGUUACAGAAAGACCUGAUAACCCAGAGCUGCACCUAGAACAAAACCAAAGUGGCUUUAUAAGUAAUAUUGCGCCUACUCAAAUAGACAUUUUUGCAAGAAAUGAAGCACUCGAUAAAGUCAGACAGUUAAAUAUUGAUAAACAGUGUGAAAGUCUGUUUGAUCAUGGGCCAAGUAGUCCUAGCAUCAAAGAAGGAAAAAGAUAUCUGUACAGGCAAGCAGCCACUGAAGCUGAUGUAGAUUCAGCUGUGGAAGCAGCGUUAGCUGAGAAGCAUAAAAGUGCUCAGUUUAACGAAAAAAUAACCAACUCACGUGUUAUGCAUGCAAAGAAAAUUCUUCCUAAAGCACAAGUUAACCCUCAAAUGCCUCACAUCACAGGUACAAGCAAGCUGUCACCAACUAAAAGGAGUAUAUCUGAAACAGUAACUCAUAGGGCCAAAAUCAUGAAAAUAACAGCUAAAAAAAGAAAUAGCGUUCAUGUAACUUUUAGACCAUCUACAGAAUCGGUUCAAUUUUACAAUCCUCUUGAGAACAAAGAGGCUGCAUGGAAAGCAAGACUUCGUAAACUUAGUGGCUUCAACAGUAGUGGUAGUGGUAGCAACAACAGCAGUAGCAAUACAAGCACCAGCCCGUCAGCUGCCGUGGAGCUGGUUAGACCUGGAAUGUAUAGACCUCUAGAUGCAAUCAAUGCUGCUUCACUUAGUAGCAAGCAAAGUAAGGAAAUUGCAGAAACUCAAACAGCCAUGCUGCAAAAGGAAACUAUUGCAGUUAAUCAGUUCCAUAAUCGUAGUGCAUUUAGAUCAUCAGGUCAGGAGUCAGCGCAACAGCAGGGCUCCCUGGGUGGUGUUUAUAAAACUGUUGUACAUGCUCUUUCGAAGCCGAAGGCAAAUGUUUCCCCACAGAGGCAGAACAGAAUGCCAGCAGAGGCUCCACUGAGGGAUCUGUACAGUCAUGUAAUGGGCUAUUUUGGAAGGAGAGCUGCAGCUAAUAGAGAGGACAUGAGUCAAAAGCUGCACCCUAUUGAUAGUGAUAUUGGCAGUAGCAAUACAAAUGUUCCUGACCUCAUGGAUGAAUUUAUAGCUGAGAGACUCCGCAGUGGUAGUACACUGAAUGUGACAAGACGAGGAAGCAGUCCUGGCAGCCUGGAAGUUCCAAAAGACCUUCCUGAUGUAUUGAACAAACAGAAUCAAAUGCGGCCUAUAGACGACCCAGGCGUGCCUUCCGAAUGGACAUCACCUGCUAGCGCAGGCAGCAGUGACCUCAUCAGUUCAGAUAGCCACUCAGACUCAUUCAGUGCCUUUCAGUAUGAUGGACGCAAAUUUGAAAAUUUCAGCUUUGGCACAGAGGCAGGGACACCAGCUUCCGCUGAUGCUGAUGCAAUUUCAGGACAACAACAGAGUGCUGAGGAACAAGAAGUAGCCAGUCUAACUACACUCCAUAUAGAUUCGGAAACAAGUAGUUUGAAUCAGCAACCAUUGUCUGCUGAAGCUGCAACUGUUACUGGCUCUGAAAGUGCUUCUCCAAUCCAAUCUGCUCUUGGAUCCCGAUCACAGACACCCUCUCCUGCCACUCUUCAUGCAGAUCAUAUUGAGCAGAAGGAUCUGCAACUGGAUGAGAAGCUCCACCACUCUGUUUUGCAGACGCCAGAUGACCUAGAAACUAGUGAAUUCCCCUCGGAAUGUUGCAGUGUUAUGGCUGGGGGAACACUUACAGGAUGGCAUGCCGAUGUUGCUACUGUGAUGUGGAGACGAAUGCUGGGAAUUUUAGGAGAUGUCAACAGCAUCAUGGAUCCAGAGAUUCAUGCCCAGGUUUUUGAUUACCUGUGUGAACUGUGGCAGAAUCUGGCCAAGAUAAGAGACAAUCUUGGUAUUUCAACAGAUAACCUCACUUCACCAUCUCCACCAGUUUUAAUCCCACCACUGAGAAUUCUAACACCUUGGCUGUUCAAGGCAACAAUGCUGACUGAUAAAUACAAACAAGGAAAGCUACAUGCUUAUAAACUCAUUUGUAAGACAAUGAAGCGAAGACAAGAUGUAUCUCCAAACAAGGACUUUUUAACUCAUUUCUACAAUAUAAUGCACUGUGGACUUCUUCAUGUUGAUCAGGAUAUUGUCAAUACAAUCAUCAAGCACUGCUCUCCUCAGUUCUUUUCACUUAGUUUGCCUGGUGCCACCAUGCUUAUUAUGGAUUUCAUUGUAGCAGCAGGAAGGGUGGCAGCUUCUUCUUUUCUCAAUGCACCAAGAGUUGAAGCGCAAGUUCUUUUAGGAUCUCUUGUCUGUUUUCCCAAUUUAUAUCAUGAACUACCAGCUCUUCACCCAAACAUUCCUGACAUAGCUGUGUCUCAGUUUACAGAUGUUAAGGAGCUCAUAAUUAAAACUGUGUUAAGUUCAGCCAGAGAGGAGCCAUCUGGUCCUGCACGAUGUGUUGCUCUUUGCAGCCUUGGUAUUUGGAUCUGUGAGGAGCUAGUUCAUGAAUCUCAUCAUCCUCAGAUCAAGGAAGCCUUGAAUGUGAUUUGUGUUUCUUUAAAGUUUCCAAAUAAAACAGUAGCUCAAGUUGCCUGCAGUAUGCUGAACAUGCUGAUACAUUAUGUGCAUAGACUUCAAUUGUAUCAAGCUGAUUCACCUUUAAGAAUUAUCCAAAUUCUGAUAGCAACAAUUACCCAUCUGCUACCCGGUACAGAAGCUUCAUCCUAUGAACAGGACAAGAGGUUGGUAGUUUCCUUACUUCUGUGCUUAUUGGAUUGGAUAAUGGCCUUGCCAUUAAAGACCUUGCUGCAGCCUCUCCACGCUACAGGAGCGGAAAAUGAUAAGACUGAGAGAUCUGUUCUCAAUUGUAUUUAUAAGGUUCUACAUGGAUGUGUCUAUGGAUCUCAGUGUUUUAGUAACCCCAAAUAUUUUCCCCUAAGUCUUUCUGAUCUGGCAUGUGUGGAUUACGAUCCAUUUAUGCAUUUAGAAAGCUUGAAGGAGCCAGAACCACUGCAUUCUCCAGACUCGGAGCGUUCUUCUAAACUUCAACCAGUUACCGAAGUGAAAACUCACAUGCAACAAGGAUUAAUUUCUGUUGCUGCUCGUACUGUGAUCACACAUCUAGUCAACCACUUAGGCCACUAUCCUAUGAGUGGAGGACCUGCUAUGCUAACUAGUCAAGUGUGUGAAAAUAAUGACAAUCCAUACAGUGAAAGUCCUGAACUUUCUCCUGAACUUUUUGAGAACCCAAACCUCCAAUUCUUUGUGUUAAACAAUACUUCCUUGGUGUCUUGCAUACAAAUCCAAGCAGAAGAUGACAUGCCUGGGGGAGGACUAUCUGCUGGACUUGCGUCUGCUAAUUCCAAUGUCAGAAUUAUAGUGCGUGAUCUGUCUGGCAAAUACUCAUGGGAUUCAGCCAUUUUGUAUGGACCAUCAUCCUUAUGUGCAUCUUCACAACAAACAUCUUUUGCCCUUUCAUUAUCUCAACAAGAAAAAGCUGAAGAUCCUCUUUCUUCUUUUGAGCAUGUGGAGGAUAUAUCUGCAAGGGAUGGAAUUACACUCCAAGUAAAAAGGAAAUUCAGAGACACUGUACCAACAUGGGAUACAAUUAGGGAUGAAGAAGAUGCCCUUGAUGAGCUCUUGCAGUAUUUAGGUGUUACAAGUCCUGAAUGCUUACAGAGAACUGGAGUCUCACUCAAUAUUCCUGCUCCUCAACCAGUCUGCAUCUCAGAGAAGCAGGAGAAUGAUGUCAUCAAUGCAAUUCUGAAACAGCACACAGAAGAGAGAGAGUUUGUUGAAAAACAUUUCAAUGAUUUAAAUAUGAGGGCUAUGGAGCAGGAUGAGCCAACAUCGCAAAAGCCCCAGUCAGCAUUUUACUACUGCAGACUACUUCUCAGUAUACUGGGAAUGAAUUCUUGGGAUAAAAGAAGGAGCUUUCAUCUCCUGAAGAAAAAUGAGAAGUUACUUCGAGAGCUCAGAAAUUUGGACUCAAGACAGUGCCGAGAGACCCACAAGAUUGCAGUGUUCUAUGUUGCUGAGGGACAAGAAGAUAAACACUCCAUUCUUACUAAUACUGGGGGAAGUCAAGCCUAUGAGGAUUUUGUAGCUGGCCUUGGAUGGGAGGUAAAUCUCACAAACCAUUGCGGUUUUAUGGGAGGACUGCAAAAAAACAAAAGCACUGGAUUGACCACUCCGUAUUUUGCUACCUCAACAGUAGAAGUAAUGUUCCAUGUGUCAACAAGAAUGCCUUCUGAUUCAGAUGACUCUCUAACAAAAAAGCUGAGACAUUUAGGGAACGAUGAAGUACACAUUGUUUGGUCAGAGCAUACUCGAGAUUAUAGAAGAGGAAUAAUUCCAACAGAAUUUGGUGAUGUUCUUAUUGUUAUCUACCCCAUGAAAAACCAUAUGUUUAGUAUCCAGAUCAUGAAGAAGCCUGAGGUUCCAUUUUUUGGUCCACUCUUUGAUGGUGCUAUUGUGAAUGGAAAAAUUCUUCCUAUUAUGGUUCGUGCAACAGCUAUAAAUGCAAGCCGUGCGUUGAAAUCGUUAAUCCCUUUAUACCAAAACUUCUAUGAGGAGAGAGCACGAUACCUGCAAACAAUUGUUCAGCAUCACCUAGAACCUACAACUUUUGAGGAUUUUGCUGCUCAGGUUUUCUGUCCAGCACCUUACCACCAUUUUCCCUCAGAUGCAGGCUCCUGCCCAGAGACUCAGCCGGGAGAGCCUCCAGCAGCAGCAGCAGCAGCAGUGCAGGCGGAUGGAACAGACUUAGCCUCACCCAUGUCUCCUCGGACUAGCAAGAGCCGCAUGUCCAUGAAGCUGCGGCGCUCCUCGGGCUCAGCCAACAAGUCCUGAGAGCGGGGUGCACACAGCUUCCUGACAGCACCCACAGCCUGCAGCUGGAGGACGGCACCCGGUCCUGCCUACCCAUCUGUGUGCUUGUUUUAAACAGUGACACUGGAAUUUUACUUUCGUAUUUUAGCAUCUUUUGUUUUUAGUUGUUGUUUUUUUGUUGUUUUUUUUUUUUACUCAAACCCCAGGCUCUUUUUUUUUUCCUCCCCCUUUUUUUUAUUACAAUUUUUUCCCUUUUUUUUAUUUAGUGCAGCCUGCCCUCUGUACCUGUUACUGUGCUGGGUGAUGGGGACACCUCCCCAGAAGUCCUUUUUAGCUCUGGUUGAUCUGAGUGACAUGAGAAUUGGAGACUGCCGUUUGGCUACACCAUAUUUAUUGUGCCCCAUUGCAGUUUUCUCUGAAACAAAGAAAGAAAUAUGUACAAUUUGAAAAAUGAACGUACAGUUUUAAAUUGGAGUUGCACUUGUAAAGUCUCUGUCAGAUGUCACAGUGCUAAUGCACAGCCUGUGUGCAGAUUAUUUAUGUUAAGAAUGAAAUACUCCAACAGUCUUUCAGGCAUUACAGAGCCCAAACAGAGUAACUUGCACGCAGCAGCAGCUCCUUCCUCACAGAGCAGCGUGUCAUGUCGUAGCAGCACAGGUGGUGCCAUCAUCUAUGCCAGAAAAGAUAAAAAUCACUGUGCUGAAGUUCUCCUUCUGCUUGGCUUCCAAAUAUUUUUAUAAUGUUUGCUUUUCAAAGUGGUAUCAGUAGUCAAUGCCACUGAGUUCCGUGAGUUCUAGCCUUUCUUACCAGGCUGCUGGGCUAUAUGUGUGUCAUUGUUCCUUAAAAACCAACAACAAAAAAGCACUUUCCUGACCUAAACUCAUUGCUCUGAUGCUGUGUACUGCGGAAGCAAAGGGAACACGCUGCAGGAUUGGACCUGCGGUGCCGCUGAUUCGAGCCCCGAGAGCAGCUCCGUACACGCAUUCCACCCAUCCAGAGAUAUUUUCCUACCGGAGAUGAGAUGCUCGCAUUUUGGGGCUGGCAAACAACAGAAUGCUGUUAACAAAAUGUAGCAUGGCAUCGGUACUAACUGCAUGUGUAAAUAUAUCAUAUGGGCAACAGUAAAAAUAUAAAUUAUGUAUUGUCAUUCAUGUAGUAUCUACAAAUUUGUAAUGGUUGAAGAGAAGACAUGCUAUUUAAUAAUACAAUAAAAUUAUUCUU